CUUUCUUCGCGAGAAGGAGAAGUAUUCGUGCAUUAUUCUCAGCGGGUCUUGGAAAUACAAAAUAUAUUUAAAUGUCCGAGGAUUAUCAUUUGGAAUAAAUCCCUUAAGCAAUUCCAUGGUCGUUCGCUAAAAACCCCGUUAAUACGACAAACAAAGAACUUAGCUUCUGAAGAGAGAACGCAGUUUUUAGCAGGAAAGAGGGAAGUACGAUGGAGGCUCUCAUACCAGUCAUUAACAAGCUGCAGCAGGUCUUCGUGACGGUGGGGGCGGAGCUCAUCCAGCUGCCUCAGAUUGUGGUUGUGGGGUCUCAGAGCAGUGGGAAGAGCUCGGUGCUGGAGAGCCUGGUGGGGCAGGACUUCCUGCCACGCGGUUCCGGGGUCGUGACGCGGCGACCGUUGGUUUUGCAGCUUGUCAAUGUUCCACCGGCCGCGGAGAGGAGUCGGGGUGAGAACGGUAUCGAAGCAGAAGAAUGGGGCACAUUCCUACACAUUAAGAACAAGAUCUUCACGGAGUUCGAUGAGAUUCGACAGGAGAUCGAAAGCGAGACGGAACGCUGCACCGGAGCCAACAAGGGUAUCAGCGCAGAGCCGAUCCACCUCAAGAUCUUCUCUCCUCAAGUUCUCAACCUCACCCUGGUGGACCUGCCCGGGAUCACCAAGGUUCCAGUGGGAGAUCAGCCCGAGGAUAUCGAGUCUCAGGUCAGGGAGAUGAUUUUCUCCUACGCCUCGAACCCCAACUCCCUCAUCCUCGCCAUCACGGCAGCGAACACCGACCUGGCAACGUCCGAAGCUCUCAAACUGGCACGGGACGUGGACCCCGACGGACGCCGCACUCUGGCUGUGGUCACUAAGCUGGACCUGAUGGACGCUGGGACAGACGCGCUGGACGUGCUGCUGGGACGAGUCAUUCCGGUCAAACUGGGCAUCAUCGGGGUCAUCAACAGGAGCCAGCACGACAUCAACACGGGGAAGUCGGUCUCGGAGAGCCUCCAGGACGAGCAGGCCUUCCUGCAGCGGCAUUACCCAACCCUGGCGAGCCGCUGCGGGACCCGGCAGCUCUCUCGCACCCUGAACCGGCUGCUGAUGCACCACAUCCGGGACUGCCUGCCGGAGGUGAGGACGCGGGUGAGCGUGCUGAGCACGCAGUACCAGAGCCUCCUGCAGAGCCACGGGGAACCACUGAGCGACCCCAACACCACGCUGCUGCAGAUCAUCACCCAGUUCAGCAGAGAGUACUGCAGCACCAUCGAGGGGACAGCCAGGGACAUAGAGACAUCGGAGCUGUGCGGGGGGGCUCGGAUCUGCUUCAUCUUCCACGAGACGUUCGGCCGCACGCUGGAGAGCAUCGACCCGCUGACUGGCCUGAGUGGCCUGGACGUGUUGACCGCCAUCCGCAACGCCACGGGCCCCCGUCCAGCCCUCUUUGUCCCCGAGGUUUGCUUUGAGUUGCUGGUGAAGAGGCAGAUCAAGCGCCUGGAGGAGCCGAGCCUGCGCUGUGUGGAGCUCGUUCACGAGGAGCUGCAGAGAAUCACACAUCACUGCUGUGCAAACACACAGGAGCUCCAGCGCUUCCCGAAGCUUCACGACUCGAUUGUUGAGGUGGUGACCGGGCUGUUGCGGAAGAGGCUGCCGAUCACAAAUGAAAUGGUUCACAAUCUGGUAUCGAUUGAGCUGGCCUACAUCAACACCAAGCACCCCGACUUCACCGACGCUGCGCUGGUCUCGGCUUCCGUCAGCGAUCAGGUGGAGGCGGUUCAGGAGGGGGGGCGCCGCUGGAAGAACGAGGAGAGAACCAACGAGGAGAAAAUGAAGGGAGCGAGUGAAGAGAGGAUGAGAGGGGCGAGCGAGGAGAGGAUGAGGGGAAGGAGGGAAGAGAGGACGAGAGAAACCCCACAGAACUCAGCUUUCAACAGUCCAUCCAGAGGACGUGCUGUGAACCUACUGGACAUGCCCGUCUCGGUGUCUCGCAAGCUAAUCCCACGAGAGCAGCGAGACUGUGAGGUCAUCCAACGACUCAUCAACUCCUACUUCCUGAUCGUGCGCGAGAGCAUCCAGGACAGCGUCCCGAAGGCGGUGAUGCACUUCCUGGUGAAUUUCGUGAAGGAGCGGCUGCAGAGCGAGCUGGUGGGACAGCUGUACAAGCAGAGCAAGCUGGAGGAGCUGCUGAGCGAGUCCCAGGACACGGCCCGGCAACGCAGGGAGGCAGGCGCCAUGCUGCAGGCUCUUCAGAAAGCCAGUCUCAUCAUCUCAGAGAUCAGAGACACGCAGGUCUGCUAGCCAGAACCAACCAGCCCGGGGCUGGACUGGACUGUACCGGGCUGAACAAAUCCAGCAUAAGAGCCAGCCAGCCACACAGACACUGCCCUGUCUGUCUGUCUGUCUGUCUGUCUGUCCGUCUGUAUGUUCAUGGAGCCAGCCGAACAACCCUCCACCAUCCCACAAUGCACAGCUCAGGUCGCUCUGCUAGAUGCUGUCCUCAGCUCUUUGUGUUUCUGUGUUUGAAGCCGAUGAACAAUGAUAGCUGUCAUGCUAGUCCGUUGUGUUCAUGUUUCGGUCUCAUGUUUGUAUGUUUCGUGUGUAUUGAGAGAGGUGCACAGUAUUGCAAUAGUCGGAGCCCCUGGUCUCUUUUUAAAGGAAAGCGAAA